AUGUCCGCCUCUAAAUCCCCGGACCAAGGAGCCGCUGAGGACCCGGGCUUUACGGACACCAGCCCCGACGCUCGAUACAGGGCCAAGGCGGAAGUGCUCAACCGCGCGAUUCAAGAGAUCGGAAUGGGUCGUUAUCAGUGGCAACUAUUCAUCGUGAUCGGAUUCGGCUGGGCGAGCGAUAAUCUCUGGCCGAUCAUUACAUCUCUAAUUCUGCCUCCAAUUUCCUAUGAAUUUUCUGUUUCACGUCCUGCGUUACUCACGCUGGCGCAGAAUAUCGGAUUACUGAUCGGUGCGAUAUUCUGGGGUUUCGGAUGUGAUGUGUUCGGACGUCGGUGGGCGUUUAAUCUCACGAUCGGAAUCACUGCGGUAUUCGGUCUUAUUGCGGCGGCAUCGCCUGGAUUCGGAGCAAUGUGUGCAUUUGCGGCAUUGUGGUCUAUUGGCGUCGGGGGAAACUUGCCUGUGGAUUCAGCUAUUUUUCUGGAGUUCUUGCCUGGGUCACAUCAGUAUCUUCUGACUGUUUUGUCGGUGGAUUGGGCUUUUGCGCAGCUACUGGCUAAUCUAGGGGCAUGGCCUUUGCUUGGGAAUAUGUCUUGCGCGGAGGAACAGGGAUGUACCAAGGCGGGGAAUAUGGGGUGGAGGUAUUUCCUCGUUGCGAUGGGUGGAUUGGCUAUGGCUAUGUUUGUAGGACGCUUUAUGUUCUUCACUAUAUAUGAGUCGCCCAAGUAUCUCAUGGGUAAGGGGAGGAAUGCGGAGGCUGUCAAGGUUGUGCAUGAAGUUGCGAGGAGAAAUGGGAAGGCUUCAUCGUUGACGCUAGAUGAACUGGAUGAUAUUGAUCAGGGAAGUCGGGGGCUGACUGCUGCCGACAUCGUCCGCCAGAGACUGGAAAAGCUGAGUUUGGAUCACAUCCGCGCUCUGUUCGAUACGCCUCAGCGGGCCUAUUCCACGACUCUGAUUAUUCUCGUAUGGGCCUUCCUCGGACUGGGAUUCCCGCUCUACAACGCUUUCCUGCCAUACAUUCAACAAUCACGCGGGGCAGAAUUCGGCGACGGGUCAACAUACAUCACCUACCGGAACUCACUGAUUAUCGCUGUGAUGGGAAUUCCUGGCUGCCUCCUCGGUGGUGUUCUCGUCGAGCUUCCCAGAUUCGGACGGAAGGGCGCUCUAUCCAGUUCCACCGCACUAACUGGAGUCUUCCUGCUGCUAUCUACGCGAGCAACCACUUCCAAUGCUCUACUGGGAUGGAACUGCGCUUACAACUUCAUGAGCACUCUCAUGUAUUCUGUAUUGUACGCCUACACACCCGAGAUCUUCCUCACUAAAGACCGCGGCACGGGCAACGCAUUAACUGCAUCCGCCAAUCGUGUCUUCGGCAUAAUGGCACCCAUCAUCGCCAUGUUCGCGAACCUCGAGACCGCCGCUCCAGUCUAUGUCAGUGGAGCAUUGUUCCUCGCCGCGGCUAUUCUAGUCCUCCUAAUGCCCUACGAGUCCCGAGGCCAAGCAAGUCUCUAA